AUGCUCAUCUCGGCUGCCUCAGUGCCCCCGGGAGCAGCUGGCCUGAGCCCGCAGGGGCCCCCCGCACCCCCGCCGCCCCUGUUCCCGAAGCCGGGCAAGGACAACCUGCGUCUUCAGAAACUUCUGAGAAAGGCAGCCCGGAAAAAGGUGGGGGGGGGCGGGCCCCUGGCUCCCCCCGUGGCCUUCCGCUCCUCCCUGUCCCCCGUGAGCGAGGCCAGCCAUGACCAAGAAACCACAGUGCCGUGCCCAGCCGAGGCCCCUCGCACGGUAGCCCCCCUGUCCCCCGCCCCCCGCGUCCCAGUCAUCCGCCGCGUGACGUCCCCCCUGCAGAGGUCCACGUUCUCCCUCAGCUUCGUCCAGCACAAGAGCCUGACCACUCACGUCACGGCCUCGGAGCCCCCACUCACAGCCCCGGCCCCAGAGCCCCCCUGGUCUCUCAGUGGUUUCUCCCACGUCUCAGCGCCCCCGGCGCAGGGCACCCACAUCAGCCAGGUGCACAUCCAACUGGAGCCCUCGCCAGGGGCGGGGACCCCUGAGCCUCCCCAGACAGCCCCAGACGGGGGCUCUGGGGGCCAGGACCCAGCCCCAGCCCCUUGCGCCCCUGGAGCCCAGCCCCUGAUCCCAGUGGCCCACAUCCGCCCGCUGCCUCCGGGUGCCCAGGCCGCCAGGCCCUGGCCGCAGGCGCCCCCUGUGCCUAGGCCACUCCCCGGCUUCCAGGCCUCGGGGCCCAGAGAGGCCAGCACCCGGGUCGUGGUGCCCAUAGCCCCUACCUGCCGCUCGCCAGGGCCCCCGCCUGACAGGCCAGCCCCCGCAGCUCCCAACGCUGAGCACCUGGAGGACACCCCCACCGCGGGCCCUGCCACAGAGGCUGAGCAGGUCCCCAGCCUCCGAGGGGCCUUGUCCCCCUCCUUGCCGUCAGACUCCCACCCUUGCCCUGUCCCCAAAGUUUCGCCCAAGCCCCGGCUUAGCGGGUGGACACGCCUCAAGAAGCAGCUGAUGCAGGAGGCAGAAGAGGCCCCGUUCCUGAGGCUGGAGCAGAACACCGAGCGAACGGAGCAGGAGAUGACAGCCCCCGCCGACCCGGCCCCCCGGCCCCCCGCCGACCCGGCCCCCCGGCCCCCCGCCUCCCGGGGCUCCAAGCUGUGGGAUGCAGUCCUAUACCGCAUGUCGGUGGCCGAGUCCCACAGUCGCCCAGCAGGGCCCAGGGAUGGCACCAGCACCCUGGCCGGCCUCGGCCGCCUGCCCUUUUUGUGCCGACCCCGCUUCAACGCCCGGAAGCUGCAGGAGGUGGCCACCCAGCCCCCCACAAUUCACUCAGUCCUGGAGCUGAACCCCCAGCCUAAGAACUUCAACCGCACAGCGGCUGGCUGGAGGCUCCGGUGA